AGGCGGCGGCGGCGGGGGCGCCGCGCCGGGCGGGCGGCGGGGCCAUGCUGGGCAAGGAUUACAUGCUGGCCAUCGUCCUGGUCAACUGUGACGACAACCUCUGGAGCGACCAGAGCCUGGAGACAGACCCUGACCUUCCCCCGGGCUGGAGGAAAAUCUGUGACUCUCUGGGUACCUAUUACUGGCAUGUGCCAACAGGCACGACACAGUGGCAGCACCCUGCACGCAGCACCGGCCCAGGAGGGCACACGGAGGCUGAUGGAGAUGACACUCUCCAUGGAAGGGAAUGCCAGGGCCCUGCAGCGAAGCACUCGGGGAAGGACCGGCCCAUUCCCAGCCCCAUGGCUUCGCUGUCCCGGAGGCACUCCCUGUCCUGGCAUGGAGAUGACUUCCAGCACAGCGCAGAGCCCGGCUCCAAGUGCUUUGCUGUGCGCUCUCUGGGCUGGGUGGAGAUCCCCGAGGAGGACCUGGCACCUGGCAAGAGCAGCAUCGCUGUCAACAACUGCAUCCAGCAGCUCUCCAACAGCAAGGGCCAGGGCUCUGCGGACAACCAGGGCGAGGGCCAGGACCUAGUGAUGAUUCUGAAGAAGGACACCAUGAGCCUGGUGGACCCCCUGGACCGCAGCCUCAUCCAUCGCCAGCCCAUCCUCAACAUCCGUGUCUGGGGUGUUGGCUGCGACAACGGCAGAGACUUCGCCUUCGUGGCCAGUGACAAGGACACCUGCGUCCUCAAGUGUCACGUCUUCCACUGCAAUGUGCCUGCCAAGAGCAUCGCCAAGGCUCUGCAUGAGAUGUGCUCCAAGAUCGUGGCCGAGCGAGCUGUAGCGAGCAGCAGGCUGCCCCGCGCCGCCACGCUGGAGCCCAUCUCCGCCGAGGACCUGCCGCUGCAAGUGGAUAUCCUAGAAGCGGUGAGGCAGUCGAUGCAGACCUACGAGGCGCUGUACAUCGGCAGCCUGCCCGUGCCCAGGGCCAUGGGGAUGGAUGUGUUGAACGAGGCCAUCGAGAAGCUGACGAGGCGCCCUGGGCGGGAGAACUGGACGCCCUCUCUCAUCUACGUGUCGGACACGGCCAUGAGGGUGCACCCGGCGCAGGAGCCCGAGGAGGCGGCGCACAUCUGGGAGUGCCAGGUGCGGUACGUGACCUUCCUGGGGGUGGGCCGGGACGCGCACACCUUCGCGCUCAUCGUGGACACGGGGCGACGCUUCCAGUGCGCGGCCUUCUGGUGCGAGCCCGACGCCGGCACCAUCUCGGAGGCGGUGCAGGCCGCCUGCAUGGUGCAGUACCAGAAGUGCCUCGUGGCCGCCGCGCCGGGGGCGAAGGCGAAGAGCGCGGCCGGGCGGGGCCGGGCCGGGCCGGCGGCCGCGGGGGACGCUGCCCGCGGGGCGGCCAAGGCGGGGGGGGGCGGCGGCGGGGCGGGGGCCGGCGCCCGCAAGCGGGGACUCUUCUCCUUCCUGGAGGUGUUCCGCCUCCGCCGGGCCCUCCUGCACAGCCCGUAGCGGGCCGGGCUGGGGCCGGGGCCGGGGCCGGAGCCGCCAGGGAGGAGCUCCCG